AUGGCCGCACUUGGUAGUAGAGAUCGUGAAUUCGUUAAGGGGCAAGACAUUGCAACAAAUUUUGCAUUCUUUUGUCAUGACCAUAUAAGGACAAAAUGUUCUAUUAAAGAAUUUCUCUGUUUUGUGGUUGGAGUUUAUGAGAAAUUAGCCAAACUACAAGGCAAAGGUUUAAUAAACAUUAUGAUCCUGUUCGUAAUCCUAAACUCAGGAAAAAACAUUACUCUAAUCGUAACCAGAGAUUACACUGUCAAGAAUGUCAAGCAGAAAAUUGAGGAACUUGAAGGAAUCCCUGUGAAUAAACAAAGGCUUGUCUACAUAACCGAAGAAGUACAUAACGAUAAGAAGCUAGAAGACUAUGAUUUUCAGAGCGAAGGGGUUAUGUUUCUGUGUAUGACCCUGUUCGUAAUUUUACUUUCAGGAAAAAAGAUUACUCUUAGGGUGUUUGGAAAUGACACCGUCGAAAGUGUUAAAGAAAAAAUUCAGGAACUUGAAGGAAUCCAAGUGAGUAAACAAAGGCUUGUCUACAAAACUGAAGAACUAGACAAAGAAAAGAAGCUGGAAGACUAUGAUUUCCAGAACGAAGGGACUAUGUAUUUGUGUAUGACCUUGUUCGUAGUUGUACUUUCAGGAAAAACGAUUACUCUUAGGGUGUCUAGGGAUGAUAGCGUCAAAAAUGUCAAACAGAAAAUUCAGGAACGUGAAGGAAUCCCAGUAGAUGAACAAAGACUUGUUUACACAACCUAUGAAUUAAGAGAAAACCAUAAAAAACUGCCAGAAUAUAACGUCCAGAACGAUGGCACUAUGUAUUUGACUAUGAGACUUCCUGGAG